GGCCCGCGAGGCUCGUCGCAGACAACGCGGCGGCGAUGUCCGCGAGCCAGGCGAGUGCCGCGGCGGCAGCGGCGGGGCCUCGCACGCGGCAGGGCGGCCUGGGCUUCGGCCUCCCUCCGGUUCCCAGGAAGCGAGCUGGCGGCCAGCGCGGGACCAGCAGCAGCAGCAGAGGCGGAGGCACCGGCGGGUCUCUCUCCUCCCCUUCAGCCUGAGCCGGGGGAGGCCAGGCGGCCCGGGUGGCUGGAGGGGGGGUCCGCUGCCCAAGAAUGGGAAUUCUCUUCACCAGGAUAUGGAGACUGUUCAAUCACCAGGAGCACAAAGUUAUCAUUGUUGGGCUGGAUAAUGCAGGGAAAACUACCAUUCUUUACCAGUUUUCUAUGAAUGAAGUUGUACAUACAUCACCUACAAUUGGAAGUAAUGUAGAAGAAAUAGUGAUUAAUAAUACACGUUUCUUAAUGUGGGAUAUUGGUGGUCAAGAAUCUCUUCGUUCUUCCUGGAACACUUACUAUACUAACACAGAGUUUGUAAUUGUUGUUGUGGACAGUACAGACAGAGAAAGAAUUUCUGUAACUAGAGAAGAACUCUAUAAAAUGUUAGCCCAUGAGGACCUAAGAAAAGCUGGAUUGCUGAUUUUUGCUAAUAAACAAGAUGUUAAAGAAUGCAUGACUGUAGCAGAAAUCUCCCAGUUUUUGAAAUUAACUUCUAUUAAAGAUCACCAGUGGCAUAUCCAAGCAUGCUGUGCUCUUACUGGCGAGGGAUUAUGCCAAGGACUUGAAUGGAUGAUGUCACGACUUAAGAUUAGAUGAUCUCUACUGACCUCUUCUCAUAGACUUUGUAUAAACGAAGUGCUGGACUUUAUCUGAAAGCUGCAAAAAUUAAUGGUUUAGAUAUAUUUAUAAUAAACUGAUUUAAACUUUUUCUAUAAGAAGAAUAAUUAAGACCACUUAUUUGAGAACAAAGAUGAAGUCUCAUUUUCCAAUCUGCUUUCUCAUUAGUCCCUUCCAAAGCAAGGUCUUUAAAGCUGUGAUUGCCAUUUUUCUCAUAAUGAAUCCUCUCAGGACAUUGUGUAGCCUGUGGUAAGUACAAAGGGAGAAGGAGACAUUUCUAACUUUAAGAGCUUUAUUGUCAGUAUAGGCCUCCCUAGUUGAAUGUUGUUCUCUUCUUGUUCCAUUAAGUCAGAAUACAAAUCAGCACAGAUAUUCAGUUUCCAAUAUUUUAAAAUGUAAGGUUACUUAUGAAAAGUAUUUUGCAUAAGGUUGUGUAUCUAUUGUAUAUAUACCUCAAGUUCAAGUUUAUGGCUUUGAUAUAUGUUCUGAAGAAAAGCAAAUAACACAAAAGGUAAUAUUAUCCUUAGUUAUAACUGUAAUGAGAUGAGUACUGGCAGUGGUGUUAAGUGCCAUUUUGUGCUUUCCCCUGUGUUCUCUGUAUUGUACUAACCAACCCCCAAAAUCAU